UUUUGAAAUUUAAUAAAUAAAUACAUUAAUUAUCCAAAAUCCGAAAAAAAAUUUCUUCGCUAUAAGUUUAAGAAUUAGUUACAUUCCUAAUAAUGACUACCACGGAAAAAGUUACAAAUAUUGAGCUUUCAGAUAAAAAUGAAGACAAAGAGACGAGAGAACGUCCAAAUUGGUCAAAUGGUGUUGAAUUUCUUAUGUCGUGCAUAUCCAUGUCGGUUGGAUUGGGUAACAUAUGGAGAUUUCCCUUUACCGCAUAUGAAAAUGGAGGCGGUGCUUUCCUCAUACCCUAUAUUGUUGUAUUAUUCGUUAUUGGUAAACCCAUGUAUUAUCUGGAAAUGAUUUUGGGACAAUUUACUAGUAAGGGAUCGGUAAAAAUUUGGUCCAUGUGUCCAAUGUUUUUAGGUGUCGGAUAUGGACAGGCUUUUGCAACCAUUUGCAUUAUUACUUAUUAUUCAUCACUUAUUGCACUCACUUUAUAUUAUAUGGUUAUGUCGUGUCAAACAGAUUUACCUUGGGCAUAUUGUCGUGAAGAAUGGGGAGAGGGUUGUGUAGACUCUAAACCAAAUAGUGACCAAAUAAAACCAAACUCUUCUGUUUCAUUGCGGAGUAGUUCUGAAUUAUAUUUUUUAAAAGAGGUUGUACAUGAAAAACUUGACAUAACGGAUGGUCUGGGAAUUCCCGAUUGGAAAUUAACGAUUUCAUUAUUUGUCUCCUGGGUUGUUAUAUUUUUGGUUAUUAUGCGUGGUGUCAAAAGCACCGGCAAAGUGGCUUACUUUCUAGCAUUAUUUCCAUAUGUUGUUUUAGUAACAUUGUUAAUAAGAGGCGUUACAUUGGAGGGAGCAGUUGAUGGUAUCAUAUUUUUCUUAAAACCCGAAUGGGCCGAACUAUUAAAUCCUAAAGUUUGGAAGGAAGCAGUUGUGCAGUGUUUCUUUUCUUUAGCUGUUGGACUUGGACCAAUUGUCAUGUUUUCAUCAUAUAAUCGAUUUGAUCAUAGUAUAUAUAGAGAUGCUAUGAUUGUCACCAGCUUGGAUACAGUUACAAGUUUAUUAGCUGGAAUAACUAUUUUUAGUAUACUUGGAAAUUUGGCACAUAAUUUGAAUAAGUCGAGCAUAAAAGAGGUUGUACAAAGUGGUACAGGCUUAGCUUUUAUUUCGUAUCCAGAUGCAAUUGCCAAAUUUGAAUCCGUACCACAAUUAUUUGCUGUGCUUUUUUUCUUUAUGCUAUUUACUUUGGGAGUUGGCUCUAUUGUUGCACUUCAAAGCACUAUCGUUACAAUAAUCUGUGAUCAAUUCAAAUCAAUAAAAUAUUGGAAAGUAGCACUGAUAACUUCUAUUUGCGGAUUUUUAUUAGGUUUAGUAUACGUCACUCCAGGUGGUCAAUGGAUACUGAAUUUAGUUGAUUUUUAUGGUGGCACUUAUGUUGUUUUUGUUUUAGCAAUUUUGGAAAUGGUUGGAAUUGCUUGGAUUUAUGGUUUACAAAAUCUAUGUGAUGAUAUAGAAUUUAUGACAAAUAGAAAAGUGACAGUCUAUUGGCGUAUAUGUUGGGCAUUUUUAACACCAGUGCUAAUGGCUUUCAUAUUUAUAUAUUCCAUGGUAACAAUUAAGCCACUUACGUAUAGUGGUGAGGAAUAUCCUACUGCUGGAAAUGUCGCUGGAUGGCUUCUAUUUAUAAUUGGACUUUCACAGUUUCCUUUGUGGGGCAUUUGGUAUUUGUGGACGCAUUACGAUAAUAAUUUAUUAAACACAUUACGAAAAAAUAUUAAGCCGAGCAGUAAAUGGGGUCCCAAUGCUGUAGAAAAUAAAAAUAACUGGAUUGCAAAUAAGCUAGUUUUGAAAGAGGAACGCAAUAGGCAGCAGCAGAGUAAUAAACUUGGAUUCUUUCGUCAAAAAGUAUAUAAUUUGUUUGGUUUAUCGAAUUAAAAUACUUACUAUAGAGUAAUACAUAUAUUAGAGCACUUUGGUUAAGUUAGAAAUUAAGUUAAAAGUAUUUAUUUAGUUUAAAAUACAAUUUAUUCUUUAUAACAAUGACAGUAUUGUAUAUGCAGUUCUAAUAAGAUAAAAUUCCU